AUGUGUCGCAUAUUUGCCAUCCUAGUCGCCCUCGCGCUCCCAACGAGCACGUCCGCUAUUGCUGCGGCGCAUGUUGCGGCGCCUUCUCGCCGUCCGCCGCCGUCGAUGCUCGCUGCUGACGACCGCUGGGCGGCGGCAAGAGAGGCGGGCGAGCGCACCAGCCAGCGGACAGACCUUCUCGCGAGGUCUCUGCUCGCCGCACGCGCGUGCUCGCUGGCCUUCGUGCCUCCCUCCGCGAUUCGGUACGAGCCCUACGCCAAGGGCCUCCGCUGCGUCGCUCAGAUUGAGGACCCGGCGACCCUCUCCGGUGCCACCGUGCUCGAGACGGCGGCGGGCGAGGUGGUGCUUGCAUGCCGCGGCUCAGCCUCCUUCAAGAACUUUGGCACGACGACUGACAUCGGCCCCGAGCCGCUGCUCGCCAACCCAAUGGCGCGCGUGCACCGCGGCUUCCAGCGGGCGAGCGAGGGGAUGUGGCCUCUCCUGCGUCCGCACCUGCCGGCGACGGGAGGAAGGCUACUGGUGACGGGCCACUCGCUCGGUGGCGGGACGGCCACCCUGCUCGCGCUCAAGUGCGAGGCGGCUGGGCUGACGCCGGAGCUCAUCACUGUGGCGGGGCCGCGCCUCGGCGACGCCGCCUUCGCGUCCCACUACCGCGAGCGUUGCGGCGAGGCGGUGCAUUUGGUGCACGAGAGGGACGAGGUGCUCACGUCCAACACGAAGCUGUGGGACGACCUGGGCUUCGCGCACGUGCGGGCGGAGCAAAAGGUGGAGAGGCUGUACGACGACGGCAGCGGGGAGGCGUGCCUGGCAGCCGAGGGAGGGGGUGGCCCUCCCUCCCUUCAGGGCAUCCUCGUCGACCACUGCGAGUACCUUGGACUGUACAUCGGCGUGCGCGCGGAGCACCCAUCGGUGUGGCUGCGCCCUCCCUGGUGA